AAUGACUUCCUUAAUCCGGGCAGGUCAGCUGAUCUAUGUCGUGACCAUUUUUUCUCCCUUCACUGUUUCCUAUGAUAUCCAAGGAUUGUCGUUCAUUUCAUGCUAAUACAUUAAGAGUAAGGUUUUCCCACACACAAUAUGGACUUUUCCAAGCUGCCCAAGAUCCGAGAUGAGGAGCGUGAGAGUCAGUUCGGAUAUGUGCAUGGAGUUUCAGGCCCAGUGGUGACAGCUUCUAGCAUGGCAGGGGCAGCCAUGUAUGAGCUGGUACGUGUUGGCCACAGUGAGCUGGUGGGAGAGAUUAUACGAUUGGAGGGUGACAUGGCAACCAUCCAGGUGUACGAAGAGACAUCUGGAGUUUCUGUUGGAGAUCCUGUUCUCCGGACAGGAAAACCUCUGUCUGUGGAGCUUGGUCCUGGUAUCAUGGGUUCCAUUUUUGAUGGUAUUCAGCGUCCCCUCAAAGACAUCAAUGACCUCACCAAGAGCAUCUAUAUUCCUAGAGGAGUCAACAUAGGAGCUCUUAACAGAGACCUUAAAUGGGAGUUUGCUCCCUCUCAUAACCUCAGGGUUGGCAGUCAUAUUACAGGAGGUGAUAUCUAUGGAAUGGUGCAUGAAAACUCUCUCAUCAAACACAAGAUCCUGCUCCCACCCCGCAGCAGGGGAACAGUCACCUACCACGCCCCGCCAGGAAAUUAUGAUGUCUCUGAUGUGGUGCUGGAAUUAGAGUUUGAAGGAGUUAAGGAGAAGUUCACAAUGCUGCAGGUGUGGCCUGUGAGACAGGUGAGGCCUGUUACAGAGAAGCUCCCUGCCAACCACCCACUCCUGACCGGACAAAGAGUACUGGACGCCCUCUUUCCGUGUGUUCAAGGUGGAACCACGGCUAUCCCAGGAGCCUUCGGCUGUGGCAAGACUGUGAUCUCUCAGUCUCUCUCAAAGUACUCCAACAGUGAUGUCAUCAUUUACGUAGGUUGUGGAGAGCGUGGAAACGAGAUGUCUGAAGUAUUAAGAGACUUUCCAGAGCUGACCAUGGAGGUGGAUGGGAAGGUGGAGAGCAUUAUGAAGAGAACAGCAUUGGUGGCCAACACUUCUAACAUGCCUGUGGCUGCCAGAGAAGCCUCCAUUUACACCGGUAUUACAUUGUCUGAGUACUUCAGAGACAUGGGUUAUAACGUCAGUAUGAUGGCUGACUCCACCUCCCGUUGGGCUGAGGCUCUCAGAGAGAUCUCUGGACGAUUGGCUGAGAUGCCUGCUGACAGUGGGUAUCCUGCAUAUCUUGGAGCCCGUCUGGCAUCAUUCUAUGAGAGAGCAGGAAGAGUGAAAUGCCUGGGUAACCCAGAGAGAGAGGGCAGUGUCAGCAUUGUGGGAGCUGUGUCUCCCCCUGGUGGUGACUUCUCAGAUCCCGUGACUUCUGCCACUCUUGGCAUUGUUCAGGUCUUCUGGGGUCUAGAUAAGAAACUCGCUCAGAGGAAACACUUCCCCUCUGUUAACUGGCUCAUCAGUUACAGUAAAUAUACCCGAGCGCUGGACGAGUACUAUGACAAACACUUCCCCGAGUUUGUCCCGCUUCGUACCAAAGCCAAAGAGAUCCUGCAGGAGGAAGAGGACCUGGCUGAGAUCGUGCAGCUUGUUGGAAAGGCCUCUCUGGCUGAAACAGAUAAGAUCACUCUGGAAGUGGCCAAGCUCCUUAAAGACGACUUUCUACAACAGAAUGGCUAUACCCCCUAUGACAGGUUCUGUCCCUUCUAUAAGACAGUGGGGAUCCUGUCCAACACGAUUGCUUUUUAUGACAUGGCACGACACGCUGUUGAGACCACAGCACAUAGCGACAACAAGAUCACCUGGGCGCAGAUCCGUGAACACAUGGGAGAAAUUCUCUAUAGGCUCAGCUCCAUGAAGUUUAAGGAUCCAGUGAAAGAAGGCGAGGCAAAGAUCAAAGCCGACUACGCCCAGCUGCUAGAAGACAUGCAGAACUCUUUCCGUACCCUUGAGGACUAAAUGCAACCUUUGACCUCACAUAUUUCCUCCCCAGUGCUGUGCAGUGCAUUUCCCAGUGCUCCCGUGUGCAUGUGUCCUUCUAGUCUUAAUAUACACCACUGAGAAACGAGACGAGUGAGUCAGAACACAGUCUUAAAAAAAAUUGACAGGAAAACUAUUACUCGGUGUUUAAACUGUAAGAUUGUAUUUUAACAUUUUAAGCAAAGGCCUCUGUAAUCUCUCUGUGCUGAGACCAAACACUUUAAGCACAACAACAAAAAACAAUCAUCAUCUUUUUCUCACCACCUGCUUUCCCAUGAGUCCUCGUUGCAUGUGUUUGGAGCACAGGGAGCACAGUGUUUUCCCACCCCCUUUUUCUCUGACCAAUAGAAAUAUGUUAUAUGAAGAUGGGGAACAAUGGAAGUCAGAAAGGGAUCACCGAGGCUUCCUUUAUUUAUUUGAAUCUUGUGUUGUCUCAUUAAUGUGAUUUCUGCUCUGUGUGUGUUUUUACUGUUCAUCAUAUUCACGCGAGUGUGUUUACAUGAGUGUCUGUGAUUUGGAGUGUGCAUAAGCGUGUGGUUAGAUUAUUGUGGCUUCUGUAGUGAUUCAUUUACAGUGUGUUAAUUGUGUGUUCAGUUCCAAAGAAAUAAAAGUUCUGUAUGGAACACA